CGGGACAGGCUUUGGACUUCCGCCGUUCGUCGGCGAGCCGGUAUAAACGGUGCUUUCUCUCACCUCCUUUCAGUUGUGUUGUUAUCCACUCACUGUACACUUGGAGAAUAGUAUGUAUAAAGAAGUUCAUCAUCAGGAAAUCAAACACGAGUGCUCGCGAUCGGGAGGACUCCACGCGUAUCCCGAUCACUUCAGGGAAACGCACCUUUAAAGCACCGUUAGAUUAAUGAACACCUGAAGUUCCUUUGUCCUCUGGCAGGACGUUGUAUAUAGUGUAUAUAGAAUCUCGCUUGUCCGACGAGAAAAGGGGGAUCCUGCUGAGAAAAAGCCGAGCGAGCUCGUGGGAUCUUGUCACGCGGGGAAUAAUCAGCCGGAAGUUUCUCCAAGAGCCCUGCACCAUCCUCCGCAAGACCGACACGCGCACUUCCAAUCGCACCUCAUCAGCAGUAAUAGAGGGAAGAAGAAAACAAGAAGGAAAAAAAAAAAGAGAGAAAAGUAACCGAACAGCGGAAAUCAUGAAGCAGGGAGCGUCGGAAGAUUACUCGCUUGGCCUCAAGCUGCUUACCGCGGGCACCGCGGCCUGCAUCGCCGAUUUAGCCACCUUUCCGUUGGACACCGCCAAAGUUCGAAUGCAAAUUGCGGGAGAAGGUCAGGCCCUGCUGCUGGCGGAAGGGUCGGUCCUUGCAGUGAGAGCGAGCCAGCCGGGAUUGCUGCAGACCAUCGGCAACAUCGUCAGAUUCGAGGGAGCAAGGAGCCUGUACGGAGGUCUGUCCGCGGGACUCCAGAGACAGAUGUGUUUCGCCGGCAUACGGUUGGGCCUCUACGACAGCGUGAAGUCACUCUACGCUGGAAUCUUCGACGGUAAUAAUAGGAGCGGUACCUCGAUGAAUAUCGGCGUACGCGUCGCUGCGGGAAUCACAACAGGCGCUUUGGCAGUGCUGCUUGCUCAGCCGACCGACGUCGUCAAGAUCCGCAUGCAGGCUGGAAAUAAUGGGCGAUCAUCGGCGAGGUAUAGCUCCACCCUGCAGGCGUAUAAGAAUAUUGCCAACGUGGAAGGCGCGAAAGGCCUCUGGAAAGGAACUUUGCCGAACAUCUCGCGAAACGUUAUCGUGAACGUCGCGGAGAUCGUCUGUUAUGAUAUCAUCAAGGAUCUCAUCCUCGCCAGCGGCUAUCUCCGCGAUGGAAUACCGUGCCACUUCACAGCGGCGACGGUUGCGGGACUCUGCACCACCCUGGCGGCGAGUCCUGUGGAUGUCGUGAAGACGCGCUACAUGAACAGCGCCGCCGGCGAGUACAAGGGCGCGAUCGACUGCGCCAUCAAGACCUUCGUCCAGGAGGGCCCGAGCGCGUUCUACAAGGGCUUCGUACCGAGUUUCUCGCGCUUGGUGUCCUGGAACAUCGUACUGUGGAUAACUUACGAGCAGAUGAAGCUACAGAUGAAGAAACUGCACGGCAUCGAAUGAAGUUCCCGGUCACUGAUUGUCCAGCGGAAAGAUCGGCGUAAUCCAUUGUAAUCCUGCGUUGUCGAAAUUCACAUAGAAAAUUAGCAUUUGUUUAGGUAAAAUCAAAUUAAACGUAUCGAAAGUUCUGGUAUUCCGUCAAAGAACAGAUUAAAAUGACGACUCCAUUGUCAGCCGAUGAUGAUGAUGGCGAAUAUCUUCAUAUUAUCUACUGCUUUUUUCGUUGCUUGAUGUGAACGUGCGCACAGCUUAUCACUGAAUUAUUCCACGUUAGUCAUUAAUCUGUGAAAAAUUAUUUGAGGAUAUAUAAUGAUUAAUACGAUCACGAUAAGGCCGAUAAUGCCGUGUUCGGUUCACUCCGGCUUUCGUUUAUACGUACACGAGUACAACAGUGGACAUUUUGUAGUAAUUUGUACGAAGCCGAUUUUGGCUACGUCAGCUUUAUACACGUGUAAUAAAGCAUUAGGCUAAAUUUCGAUAAGAUUAUACGACGAUUACAUGGGCUACACUAACGCGCGAAAUCGACAAUAAUGUUAUUGAAGUUCAUUCCGACGUCUUUGCUUAAAUCAGAUAGAGUCUUACGGAGAACUGUAAUCGCCAGUUAACGAAUCCUACUUUUAGCGUUGUUUUAAUUAAUUGAUUCGUAGGUGCAGCGUGCAAUUUUUUGCAUAUGCAACAUAAUCUCGAUUGAAUCAAUUAAUAUUGUACAGGGCACAAUUUUUAUAGUAAUUUUAAUCAACGAAUUUUUUAAUUACAUUGCCAUUAAAUAAUUUAAUCUGCGAGCGGCAGCGUUGAAGAAUCAUUUGGUACUAAAUUUUUCAUUGUUACGUAUGUUUGUUAUUUGUAAUGAAAUGUGUACAUUGCCAACUCUUAUAUGUUGACAAUGCGAAAAUGUUUUGAAAUGCCUAUAUCCGCGUAAUAUAUCUGCGUAUCGUCGAAUUUCGAUGACGAUAACGAUUUGAUCUUAAAAAAAAUGACGUAUACAAGUAUAGUAUACAACCAUGUGACUGACUAUGCUUAAUUGAUAAAGUGUUUUUACCGAGAAUUAGAUUGCCGAGUUAAACAUUUGUUUAGCCAGUUGUUAUCAAAUAGCCAAUUGUUAGCAAUGUUGACAGCAAAUUUUAUCAAAUAAUUAACAGGAAAUUGAUCAUAUUUGCUGUCAAUCGGUCAAUAUUUUGCUUAUUUGACAGUGAUGAAAGAUGCUUCUGUUAGAAAGCAAUAUAUACAUAUAUAAACAGUUUCGCUAUAAAUUCUGAAAAUAAUAUAGAAAUGCAAAAUGCCA